AGAAGUGACGACAGAAGAAGAAGAAGUGUCGAACCGGAAGUGCAGUGUUGUUACCUGUCGACAGAAGAUGGAAGUGUGUGUGAACGCGCCGCGGCUCCGCUGUAACGCGCAGUUUCCGGUCGGUUCGGUGGUGAAAGAUGUUCUGACCCGGUUCGUCCAGCAGCAGUUUGGAUCCCCUGAGGAUUUCUACGUCAUCAGAAACGGCCGAGUGUCCGAUGUGGAGGAUCCAUUGCAACAUGGAUCCGUCUAUCACCUGCAGCCCCGCCUGUGUGGAGGGAAGGGAGGUUUCGGUUCCAUGCUGCGAGCUCUCGGCGCUCAGAUCGAAAAGACCACGAACCGCGAAGCCUGCAGAGAUCUGAGCGGACGCCGUCUCCGAGACGUGAACCACGAGAAAGAGAUGGCGGAGUGGCUGAAGAAGCAGGCGGAGCGCGAGGCGGAGAAGGAGCAGCGCCGGGUGGAGCGUCUGCAGAGGAAACUGUCCGAACCCAAACAUCACUUCACUGAUCCCCAGUAUCAGCAGCAGUGUCACGACCUGUCGGAGCGGCUGGAGGACUCCGUGCUCCUGGGUCUCCAGGCGUCGUCCAGUGGACACGUGAAGGUCGAGGACGUCUCCUCCACCAAGAGGUCCAGCUCUGAUCACAGCGAGCAGCCGCAGAAGAAGAAGAAGAAGAAGAAGAUGGCCGCGGCGUGUUUCUGGACGGGUGUGGGAGAGCUGGACGAGAUGCUGAGCUCAGAGGACGAAGACGAUGAUGAUGAUGAGGAGGAGGCGUCGUCCUCGUCCAGCUGUGGAGCCGUGGCCAUGACGAUGCAGAGAGAGGGGGUGGAGCCUGAGCAGAGCAGCAGCUCGUCCUGCACUUCAUCCUCCGCUCGCCAAACCAUGAGAGCCUCAAAGAACCAGGAACCUUCGGAGACCAGAGCCUCAGAGAACCAGGAACCACCAGAGACCAGAGCCUCAGAGAACCAGGAACCACCAGAGACCAGAGCCCAAGAGAACCAGGAACCAGCAGAGACCAGAGCCCAAGAGAACCAGGAACCUCGGCCACAGCGGCGGCCUCUGGAUCUGUCCUCGGUGGCGUCCGUCCAUCAGCUGGAGUCUUUGGGUCUGGACGUCCUGAAGGAGGAGCUGAUGUCUCGGGGGUUGAAGUGUGGGGGGGCGCUGUCGGAGCGCGCCGCCCGGCUCUUCAGCGUCCGGGGGCUGACCCCCGAUCAGAUCGACCCGGCGUUACUCUCCAAACCCGCCAAGAGGAGGAGGAAGUGAAGAGGUCAGAGGUCGAACAGACGCUCGUCUCAGCGUUAAAUGGAAAGUUCAGUUUUUAUUGUGUGAAUGUUUCCGACAGGAAGUUCGACAGAGAAACAGGAAGUGACCUGUGAGUUCGGUCACAUGAUGUAACUCCAGCUUUUCAUUUCUUUCUUUGUUUUAUUAGUUUUUUCUCCUUUGAAUCGUCAAAAUAAAGGUCUUGUUUUUUCUCA